AUGGACCGUGGCGCAUUCUGUCGCUUCAUGUUGGAUGCUCGUGACUUCUUGAACGAGGCUCAAUCAGCCGCCGUUCCCAUGCACGUGGAGGAAGACCUACUACGAGGCAUUGUAGCCGCAGGCAUCUUCUACAGCGGUGGGGACGAUCAUGAUAUCGCUUUCCGUUUUGCUCAUUGCUUUGCUUUUUCGGCAUUGUUUGACAUCCAUAGACUCUUUUCGGCCACGCCUGAUGCCUUAGAAUUUCUGGAUCAGGAAGUAAAGAUGUUAUCGAUGGACUUCAACACGGCUUAUGACACUUCGAAGUCCUGUUUUACCAGGAAGAAGAUAAACAGGCCGGAAGAUAAACAGGCCAGAAGAUUGGUAAAUAUUGGGUCCUCUCUCUUGCUACCGGGUCAACUUUAUCACGCACUCGGUACGAUCGCACCCAGCAACCCCUGGGUGGACAUGGAGUUUCUUUACGCCGUGCAAGGUGGCAAGACGAGGUGGUUUUUUGGUGACAUCCCAAGGAAUCCUGACGGCUACUGGAAGCAGGUCGGUCUUACUCAGGGGGGUUCCGUGGUGGAUUGGAUGGCCAACGUGACGGGAAAACAGAAGAUGAAGAAAUCUUUCACCCAUUCCAUCAGUAAAAUCGCGCACCAAGCAAAGCAAGCGAAGCGACUGGAAAGGCGUGCAGCGCGGCAGCUGAAUCUCAUCAGCAAGACGGUGCCUUGUUUCGAUGCUGUGCAGCAUGGGCUGGAACCCAUUGACCCGGAGAGCGGCCUUUCUUUCAAGGACAAUCAUGAGACUUUGGAUCACAUCUUUGAACGCAUCAAGAAGUCAGAAGCCGCCAAGUUCAAGAGGCACAAAGAAACAGUUGAUCAACUUUCACCAAAGCUUCGUCGGUCAUCCCGCAGACCGUAGAAUCUCUCAAAGCCCAAUGGUUAGCUGGGUUGGCGGAUGCGCGUGGCCCUGCCGGUACUUUUCAAUUCUCCGACAACCAACAAUUGCCAAUACAGGUUCUGGUUGUCACACGUCAACUGACCAAUCGGCCACACCACGGUACUUCUGUUAUCUUCCUGUACGUCGAGGGCUAGUACUGGGAAGUAAGGUAGGUAAUUAAGUGCUUUGCGGCUAUUAAAGGAACGCUAUUGGUUAACUGGAUAUAUGAAAGGUUUUGGUAAUAGC